AGGGAAAUGGGCUUUCAAGGAGGAGGUAUGAAUGGGACAGCUAUUGAAAAUUUCAUCUGUGUGAUUUAUAAUGUUUCCUUCAUGAAUUGCACUUGGCAUGUAGGCAGGACUGCUCCAGGAGAUACCCAAUAUUUUCUGUACUGGAAGAGCUCAAGGAGAGAAGAAUUCAUGGGAUGCCAGAAUUACAUCAAAGAUAAUUGUGGAAGGCAUACAGGAUGUAGAUUCCAAAAUGUGACAAUUAAAAAUAAGAUGGCUCAUUUCCUGGUAAAUGCAUCUAGCAGUGGACAAGCCAUUAAGCCCUUUGAGAAGAAGAUUGCUUUGUACAAAAUUGAAAAGCUCACCCCUCCUUUAAAUGUCACUGUGAACUGUACUGGAGUUUCGUAUGGUUGUGAAAUUCAGUGGCAACCACCUCGCACAAGUCAUGUUAAAAGAGAUGCUUGUUUCAAAUAUGAAAUUGUCAUAGAAAACACGGCUGAUCCUGGGAAGAGCAUGAAAGAUGCAUCUAAAAUAAAAAGCAACAUCACAGGAAGAUCAUACAUAUUUCAAAACUUCAAUGCAGAAAAAAGGUACAGCGUCAAAAUCAGAGCAACUGACAACGGUUGUUUAGUGAGCCAGACCUGGGGGGAAUGGAGUAUACCCGUUGAGUUCGGAAGAGAACACCUUAUGUCUACUUCAGGAUAUACUCUGUUUCUAUUAUCACUGAUAACAGCAAGUCUCGUAUUUUUUAUCUGCAUAGUAACUUGUUUGAAAACAACAUCUACUCCAGUACCACAGCCAAAAGAUCCAUUCCAUGAGAUCUCACCUAUGCAUUUCCAGAUAGCAUAUGAGAAUCAAUUAAUAAAGCAUGAAGCUGAAGAAAUAAUAACAACGAUUGAAGAAAUGGAUGAUAUGCAAGUGAAAUGAGCUUUAUGAAUUUUUCUGCACGUUUAUAUACUUUGUUUCUCUAUCUUGUGGGCAGAGAUAACAGUAGAGGCAGUUCCUCAAGAAUCUUUACU